AUGGGAGGCUGUGUAGCUUCAGUGCUGGUGCGGCAAAGCCGUUCGCGUGAGGUCCCAGACCGCUACAUUGAGGAGCGGCGCCGCUACGGGCCCUUGACGGUGGUUUCCGGCCCGCCGGAAGAUGACGUCUCCUCGGCGGUGUACCGCGUAGCCAACGUCACAGAGGAGGAGUUUGCACACUGCAGCAAAACAUGGUAUGAGGGGAUAAAUUUUAUGCAACGCUUGGAACAGACGUGCAAAAAGAAUGGUGAGCACCGUGCGAUUGCGUACCGCACCGUGCAAAAGGUUGAGACGGAGCAGCGCAAGGACGCGAAAGGCAUCACAAAGGAAUGGCAGGUAACAUAUCUAAGCGACCCCAUAUACAUGACGUACGCGGAAUUCUGGGGGAAGGCCACAGCGUUCGGUAAGGGUCUUACAGAGUUGGGCUUCAAGGAGGGUGCAAGAGUUGCGUUAUAUGAGGAUUCGCGGUGGGAGUGGAUGGCGUCGGCACUCGGCGUCUGGACGCAGGGGAUGGUCAGUGUGACGGUGUACGCCAACCUGGGCGAGGCUGCGCUGCUGCACGCGCUGGCGGAGUCCGAGUGCCCGGCGAUUGUGUGCAACGGCAAGUCCGUGAAGUCGCUACUGCCGCUGCUGCGCAAGGCGGGGCUCGAGCACACGGCCAUAAUCUACCUCGACGCGCUCCCCGCCGGCCUUGAUGUGGAGAGCCUCACGGCAGUGCCAUGGAACGCGGUUGUGGAGAAGGGCCUGAGCAGCACCGCCACAUCCGUGGUGCCGACUGACUGCGACCGCACAGCGCUGGUGAUGUACACCAGCGGCACCGUCGCGGAGCCGAAGGGGGUCAUUCACACAUUUGGCUCGCUCAGCGCCGGCGCGAUGGCACUCGACAACCGACUGACGGAACUUGUUGGCCCGAAGGAAGAGGGCGAGACGUACCUUGUCUACCUCCCACUUGCACACAUCCUGGAGUUUAUCUGCGAGGUUAUCAUGCUGAAUCGCGGAUCGUUGCUGUGUUACGGCUCGCCACGCACGCUCACAGAUGUCUCCGCACGCCCGCGUGGGGACCUGUCGGAGUUCAAACCGAUGCUGUUCGUCGGUGUUCCCCGCAUCUUCGAAACAAUACGCAAAACUGUGGAGAGCCAGCUCCCUCAGGGAAGCUUGAAGCGCACCAUCUUCGAGGCCGCGUACGCCUCACGGCUCCAGGCGCUGCAAAACGGAAAGGACACCCCCUUCUUGAAUGAGAAGGUGUUUCGUGUUCCACGUAGCAUGUUCGGCGGCAAGGCGCGCGGCAUCGUUUGCGGUGGUGCCCCACUUGGCGACAAGACGCAGGAAUUCAUGAACGUUGUCUUUGGUGUUCCAAUGGCUCAGGGCUACGGGCUGACGGAGACGUGUUGCAACGCGUCAGUGCAACGCACCGGUGAGCUGUAUCCGGCAGCGGGGCAGCUACUGAAAGUCGUCGAGGCGAAGCUGUACGACACAGAGGAGUACAAACAUACGGACAAGCCGUGCCCACGCGGGGAGCUGCUGGUGCGCGGUCCAUUUCUCUUCAAGGGAUACCUUAAACAGGAACAGCAGACGCAGGAGGCAUUCUUGCCAGGCGGCUGGUUCCGCACUGGCGAUGUGGUGGAGAUGGACGACACCGGCCUUAUUCGUAUCAUUGGCCGCGUGAAGGCGCUUGCGAAGAACCUACUGGGCGAGUACAUCCCGCUCGAGUACCUCGAGGCACUUUACGCGCAGCACCCGCUUGUGUGCCCCAACGGCGUCUGCGUUCUUGUUCACCCGCAACGCUCAUACAUCUGCGCGCUCAUUCUGACGGAUGCUUCCAAGGCGAGGCAGUUCGCUGCCGCCAACAAAAUCACUGGCGCGUGGCCUGACGUGCUUGAGGCUCCCCUCCUGCACCAGCGUGCUGCGGAGUCCCUUGCCGCAUACGCCAAGACCGAAGGCCGUCGUCCAUUCGAGCUGCUGCGCCACGUCCGCGUGCUGGCAGAUGAGUGGACGCCGGAGAACGGUAUGCUGACUGCCUCAAUGAAACUUCGCCGCAGCGCCAUAGAUGUUGAGUACGCGGAGACGAUUCGCGAGCUGUUCACCGAUGAGUGA